UAUGAGAGUUGGAGAGGUUGGUCGCCAACCUAGCCCUCUUCUACACGGCGCAAUUGAUUUCAAAACUCCAUGCUCCGACAAUUCGUUCUGUACGUACAAGGUUAACCACACGAGAGGCAACAAUGGAUGUUGACACUGCCAGUGACAAUACAUCAAUUGACGACAAAACCGAGGAUUUCUGUGAAAAUCCAACGCGAGAUGCUUUGACAGAGGGUCUUAUGAGCUUGCUCAAGCCAACAGUCGAUCAGCUGGACGAGCGCAUUCGAGCAACCAGGAUUAGUCAGAUAGAAUUGAAACAACAGAUCGAGUCAUUGACAGAAGAGCUCGUACUGAUCUCUGGGUUUCUGCAGUGUCCCUUCGAACUCGAUAGCUAUGUAAAAAAACUGGUGAACGCUAAGCAACGAGUGACUGUACUCAGUAACAUCCUCCAGACGACCCAAGAACGCUUGAACAAGGUGCACGACGCCGUGGAGAAAGAUACAGCAAAGAGAAAAGCCCUGUUGGACCACAGCCCUAUGUAUACCACUUCCCGCAGCUCUCAGGAUUUUCCAGAGGCUGCAGAAACCACCCCUGGGCCGUCAGAGACAGAACAAACUGAGUAGAUCGUAUUCAGG